AUGAGAACCUAUUAUCUACCUCCCAACAUGGUUUCAGACCUGGUCAUUCCACUGUAACUGCUUUACUAGAAAUCACUGACAGGCUAUAUCAUAAUAUUGAUAUUGGUGAGCUGAAUGGAGUCGUCUUUCUUGAUCUCAAGAAGGCAUUCGACAGUUAA